UUUCCAGAGGGGAGGCGGAGGCUGCCCGCAGGCGGUGCCCGCGCCCGGGGGCAGCAGCUCAGCCCCAUGUCCAGAGGAGGGGAGAUGGUUUAUAUCCCGGAUGACUCCGACUUCAGCUCCUUCAGGGAUCAGUGCGAGAGCCUGGAGGGCUGGCACUGUCGGUACAACAAGGCUGGCGUGACCGUGUGGAGUCAGGGCCAGGAGGAAAGCUGCACCGUGCAGAAAAUCAAGACCCGCAUCUCCUGCAAGGACGUUCCUGCCGAGACCCUCUAUGACGUGCUGCACGACACCCGCUACCGCAAGAAGUGGGACUCCAACAUGAUCGAGACCUACGACAUCGGCCGCCUCACCGUCAACGCUGAUGUUGGAUACUACUCCUGGAAGUGCCCGAGCCCCUUGAAGAACCGGGAUUUCGUCACGCUGCGCUCCUGGCUGCCCCUGGGCAAUGACUACAUGAUCAUCAACUACAGCGUCAAGCACCCGAAAUACCCGCCGAGGAAGGAUUUUGUGAGGGCGGUGUCCCUGCAGACCGGGUACCUGAUCAAGGCCAACGGGGACGGUGCCUGCAUCCUCUAUUACCUCACCCAGGUGGACCCUCGUGGGUCGCUGCCAAAGUGGGUGGUGAACCGCGUGUCCCAGUUCGUGGCACCGAAGGCGAUGAAGAAGAUCUACAAGGCUGGGCUGAAGUACCCAGAGUGGAAGCGCCGGCACGACCCUGAGUACAAGCCCUGGGUGUACCCCGAGCAGAACACGCUGCCCAGCGUCAGCCUGGCCGAGCUCUCCGUGCAGCACGCGGAUUCCCUGGAAAACAUCGACGAGACCGGGCUGCCUGAGGAGCACCUGAGCACCAGCGACCACGAGGCCUGAGCCCUCCGCACAGGACAAUCCCCUCAGCAGCGAGGCUUGGCACCCAGGGGGCACAGCUGGGAAUUUGGCUCCCUGCUUCCCAAUAGUCACAUCUGCUCUCCAGCUCCUUCAUCACUGACCCCCCUUCACCUCCCUGCCCAGGCAGUGGGGAAAUGUCCCGUGGGAUCUGCGUCACAGGGAGGAUGGGCAGCCUGGUGCUCCCUGUGCCCAUGGAGGUGUCCCCGCAGGAGACAGCACUGGCAGUGUGUGUUCUGAGAGGCUGAGGUGGGCAGGAGCUUUCCUGGCUCCAGGAUAUGGCUCUGUAAGACCCUCAAAGGCCCAGAAAUGGGGGGUCUGUGAGGCUCCCUGUGUGCUCAGGUUUUGGAGCAGCACAAGGUUUGGACUGACCCCAUCCAGCCUGAGGUCCAGCUCUGCCAACCCCAAGGUCAGGCUGGACUCACUCCAGCUCUCCCCUCCCCUCCAAGCUUAGUGUGACCCCUCCCCAUCUCAGGGAGCCCUCCCAGGUCCUCUCCUGAGCACCAGGCUCACCUCUGCAGGCUGGCUCUAGCCCAGCUGGCUCUGGGGACCCCCUCCCCUGGUGGUUUGUGGGGUUUGUCCUGGCAGUGGGGUCUUGGGCCCCCCAUGUCUCCACUCCCCCAGCGUUCGCCGCCGCUGUGGCACAACAAUAAAGGGGUUGGUGUGUGUGAGAGCUCACCGGGCUGGCACAGGAUGGGGAAGGGGCUGGCACGGAGCCCACCCAGAGGCAGCCAGGUCUGAG